AUGAACAGAGUCACGGCGGUGAAGCCGAUCUUUAGCCGGGACUUGGGCGAGGCGAAGCGACGCGUGAGGGAGCUGUAUCGAGCCUGGUACCGCGAGGUGCCCAACACCGUACACUUAUACCAGCUGGACAUCACAGUGAAACAGGGACGUAAUAAGGUGCGGGAGAUGUUCCUGAAGAAUGCUCACGUUACAGACCCUCGGGUGAUUGACAUGCUGGUUAUUAAGGGAAAAAUGGAACUUCAAGAAACUAUUAAUGUAUGGAAGCAGAGGACUCAUGUCAUGAGGUAUUUCCAUGAGACUGAAACCCCACGACCUAAAGACUUUCUGUCCAAAUUCUAUGCAGGCCACGAUCCUUGAGACAAAACUGAAUGUGUCUUGCUGCCUUGUAUUACAAAUAAAGAUCUAUAUAGUAGAAAGGAAA